AUGCACCGCGCCGACAUGGUCCGCGUCCUCGUUCGCCACCUCCCCGCGCGCUGCACCAUCCACGGCUUCAAGCGCCUCAUCUCUUACGACCCUCCCUCGCGCUCCUCCCCAAACGACGCACACACGUUGCACUUUGCCGACGGCACCCACGCGACAGCCGAUGUCCUCCUCGGUGCGGAUGGGAUCAAGUCCGGGGUGCGCUGCGCGAUGUAUGCACACAAGCACGCGCGGGAGUGCGACAACGGGGACAGCACGCCCGUCGCGUACCGAUACUUGAUCCCGACGGAGCGGCUGCGUGAGGUUAAUCCCGCACACCAUGCGCUACAUGUGAUGGCGCCGAUGAGCGUGAUGCUCUGGCAAAGGGAAGCAUAUCAUCACGUACCCGAUCUCGCACGGGUAAUGUCUGAACUGGAUGAUACCGGAUUCGUGACGCGGCCCGGGCAAGAGGGUACCGAGUACCCGCACAAGUGGGUGCUCGACGCGAACUGGGACGGCGUCGUGCGCAAGUUCGCGGCCCGGGAGCCCGAGGUCGACCAAAUGAUCGCCCUGCGUCUCCCUCUCUUUGCGCAUUCCGCGCCCAUAGCGGAUGCGCACGACCACUCACCCAGUCGCGCUCUCGUGGAGGCCGAGCGAUCGAGGAUACGUACUUCCGACACCCUCCUCACCGACCCACUCACCGACCCGCCGCGCCUCCUGCGCGUGCUGGAGAUCUACCAGGCCGUCCGGCUCCCCUUCGCACGCGCCAUCGUCCAGAACGCUCGCAGGGUCGGGCUCAUGUAUCAGUUCAACUCGCCCGGGCUGUACGCCGCCGACCCCGCACACGGCGAGCUGACCGUGAAACAGAGCUAG